GAGCUGUAGUCAACAUAGGAGGAGCUGGCUUGCUUUAUUGUCACUUAUUGGAUUUAGAGUACAUAGGAGGAGGUGCACCGUGCGGGGAAGUUCGACACCGGUCAAAGUUUGUUGCAAAAUUCAGAUAUACUUCUUCACAUAGGUCCAGCGUUGCUGUCUGUCGUCUCGGAAACUGAAGAGGCUUCCCUUGACAUUUCUGGACUCUUUCUUCUUUCCCUGCGGCCCAAAGUGAACUUCUAGAUCAGAAGAUGUCCGAAAACGGUGCGUUACCGCGUCGGGGGAAAGUGCUCACCAUCGACACCAUGAACGCCAACGUGAAGAAGGUUGAAUACGCGGUCCGCGGACCCAUCGUCCAGCGCGCGUUGCAGAUCGAGAAAGAGCUGAAAGAGGGGGUCAAGAAGCCUUUCAAAGAGGUCAUUAAAGCAAAUAUCGGAGAUGCUCAUGCUAUGGGCCAACGACCAAUCACCUUCUUUCGACAGGUGAUGGCUUUGUGUACUUAUCCACAACUGCUUGAGGAUAACAAGUUUCCAGAGGAUGCUAAAAACCGAGCAAGACGUAUUUUGCAGGCAUGUGGAGGGAACAGCAUAGGUGCAUACACAACAAGUCAGGGCAUUGACUGUAUAAGACACGACAUUGCAAGCUACAUCAAACGCAGGGACGGCGGUGUUGCCUCUGACCCUGAUAAUAUCUACCUCACGACAGGGGCCAGUGACGGCAUUGUGACCGUGCUGAAGUUGUUGACUGCUGGGGAGGGUCGUACCCGGACAGGGGUGAUGAUAUCCAUACCUCAGUACCCUCUUUACUCAGCCGCAAUAGCAGAGCUGGGUGCUGUUCAGGUCAAUUACUACUUGAAUGAGGAGAAGUGCUGGAGUCUAGACAUUAGUGAACUUCAGCGCUCUCUACAGGCAGCCCGGGAGCAUUGCAACCCUCGUGUACUGUGCAUUAUCAACCCUGGCAACCCCACAGGUCAGGUACAAAGCAGACAGUGUAUUGAAGAUGUAAUCCAAUUUGCAACUAAAGAGAACCUCUUCCUAAUGGCUGAUGAGGUGUAUCAGGACAAUGUGUAUGCAGAAGGCUGUAAGUUUCAUUCCUUUAAGAAAGUGUUGUUUGAGAUGGGCCCAGAGUAUUCAAACACUUUGGAGAUGGCAUCAUUCCACUCCACCUCCAAGUGCUACAUGGGAGAGUGUGGUUUCCGAGGGGGAUACAUGGAGAUCAUUAACAUGGACCCAGAGGUGAAGGCUCAGCUCUCCAAGCUGGUGUCAGUACGUUUGUGCCCGCCUGUGCCUGGACAAGCCCUCAUGGACCUGGUGGUCAAUCCCCCUCAGCCUGGAGAGGCCUCCCACAACACUUUCAUCAAGGAGCGAACAGCCGUACUGAGUGCUUUAGCUGAAAAAGCCAAACUGACAGAGGAGAUUCUGAAUACAGUGCCAGGUAUCAGCUGUAACCCUGUGCAGGGAGCCAUGUACUCAUUCCCACGGAUCACUUUACCUGAACGUGCCAUCACUGAAGCCAAAACGAAGGGUCAGGAACCAGACAUGUUCUACUGCAUGACACUUUUGGAGAAAACAGGCAUCUGUCUUGUUCCUGGCAGUGGUUUUGGUCAAAGAGAUGGCACUUACCAUUUUAGGAUGACCAUCCUUCCUUCAACUGACAAACUGAAGAUCAUGCUUAACAAACUGAAGGAAUUUCAUCAGAACUUCACCCAGCAGUAUUCCUGACCUGCUUCAGAGCCCUCCAGCCACAGCUAACUGACUAAAAUAUUCUUCUCACUUUGUGCCUUCUUAAUAUUAUGGCAGAAUUAGAACCAAAUAUUCACAUGGGUAUUGAUGGACACUAAUCUGCAACCCUGCCACAAGAUAAUUGAUGCCUUUUAGCUGAAGAUAAAUAAACAUUUUCUAGAAUCUAUCAUUAUGGACUUGAUAGCGCUGAUUUUGAAUUCAAGAAGUAGAAAUAACAACACUGAUUCUUAUUUUACAAUAUUUAAAUCAAUUAAAUUACAGCAUGUUUUUAGUAAACAGUCCUGAACAUUUAAGAGAUAUUCUUGAUGUGGUGUGUGUGUUAGUGUGGUGUGUGACAGUACAAUGAAAGUGAGGGAAUGGGCAUUCGUCAAUACAUUAUUUAGCACUUUUUCCAUUCAGUGCUUUGUGUGUAUUGUUGUAAUUAUUAAUGCAUUCAUUAUUCAAUGUAAGUACAAAAAUUCCUGUACAUGUACAUACCAGAUUAACUAUAUGACAGAUACAGUAUAAAACAAUAUACAUUAACAAUUAGGAUUUUGUGUUGUGAUGUUUGAAUGCUAAUUUAUGAUGAAAUGUUCCUGUUAAAGCUCCUCACCACUAGAGGACACACUACCAUAGAAUUACAAGAUCACACUUCAUCUUGUUUUUGAAUUGAUUCCUUGUUUUGUAACGCCUCUCUUUCUUUCUCUCCCACACACACACACAUACAGACACAUUACUGAGAAGCCCAACUGCUCUAUUCUUUAUGGUGUCAUUUUGUUAAUGAGUUAAGGGAUAUAAUGGGAUUAUGUGUAGUUUGAGAACUUUUCAGAACUUCAAAAAGCUAAUGGUGCUCAGUCUCUUAGAUUUUUCAACGGAGACAUUCUGCAACAGAAUGUUUAUAUUUUACAUUUUUGCAGUGUGACAUUUAGUAAAUGCAAUACCACAGUGAUUAUAGAUACGUAUGGAUUUAUAUAGAAAAUAAAAGAUGUUUGAUAUGGUGUAAGGUAAUCCUGCCUUUCAUUAAAAAAGUCAUUGGCAUUGCCUGGUAAUUUUGCUCUAGAAAAGGGGUUCUCAACAGUGGCAUUCAAAGAAUGUCAAGGGGGCCCUUAUCAGUAGAGAGGGCAGGCCCGGUUCUAAGGGACAUCAAAGCACCCUCAAAUGUAUAAUGUUUGUGCUUUAUUGUGUCUUCACUUUAACUAUUAUCACCCCACUAAAUUCUGUCCCACUGUGUUUAAACGCACAACCGCAUUUUCAUCUUGAGCUGUCUAAUGUCAGUAAGUGUGGUUUGCUGCCUGUGCAAUUGGAAUUGCUCUUACUGCCCCCUGCUGAAUGAUACUUGCAAAAACAUGAAGGUGCUUCCUGCUCGAAAUGCUCCAGUUUUAAGAAUAUUCCUUAAUACAGUCUAGGGGGAAAAAUUAUAACAUUCAUUUUAGCUUUAACGCAUUACGUUGGAGAGCAGAUGAGUCUUCUAUUUUCCUUAUCCUUUCAGAGGGCUGUUUGUGUCGUGGGCUGGCAACUGAUAGGAGCUCAAACAAAGACAGUGUGUUCUAGCCCCAGAGUUGUCCUUGAAUGUAUUAUGUUUUUUGUCUUUUGUCUGUUUCUAGAGUUAUUGUAAUCACAUAUGUAUGUGGGUUGCGUGUGUGAGUAGUGAGUCUCAUGGAAUGUUCUGUGGAUUAGAUUGUUGCAAAUUGAAAAAGUUAUCUCUAUAAGUUUUGUUUCUCCUCUCUGGUGUCUCGCAGGUAUAAAGCAUGCAUCCACAGUCAUUGAGUUUAGAGGUCGACCGAUAUUGGUUUUUUCAGGCCGAUGCCGAUGCUGAUCUUUUGAAAUCCGGGUCAGCCGAUGGCCGAUUAAUGCUGCCGAUUUAUUUUGGCCGAUAUUUGGCCGAUAUGUGCUUGUUUUUAACCUCUUAUUUGAACCUUUUAUUUGAAAGAUAAAAUGUAACACAAAUAAUUACUUAAGAUAGACAACAUUUCUCAACAAAUACAUUUAUUGAACACUUGAACAGUCUGCACUUGUACACUUAAAUUAAAAAUGUAUAAUGUAAAAACAUAUUGUAUAAACAAUGUAUAACAAAUAUAUUAAAUAAACAAAGCAGGUGUUACGAACUACUCCGAGACACGAAGGUUGAGAUCCAAAUGCAGCUUUAAUUAAGGGGCAAUCCAGACACGUAAUCCAAUAUUCAGAGCAUCCAAGAGAAGCACAGGCAUAACUAGGGAUGGGUAUCGUUAAGGUUUUAAUGGUAUUACUAUCUUACCGAUACUGCUUAUUGAUCCGGUACUUCAGCUGUAUUCUUAACGGUUCU